CAGCCCGGCAUCCUGUCCCGUUAUUCCUCCAUACCAGCCGUUUGUCCUACUGACCUGAAGUUGGAGUAGCAGCUGGUGCUGAUUGUCUUGAUGCAAUUUUAGCAUGAUCUAAAGUCCAUUCAUUCGGUCUGUGCAAAAGCGCUGCUGGUGUGCAGCAUUUGUGGACAGAGGCGUGAAUGUAGCAAUGGUGCUGGACCUGGGUGAGAACUGCAUGGAGCAGGCUAAUGGAGGAAGACUUUCAAAGAAUGCCUCAGAAAUGUUGGAACCAGAGCUCAGCACAGAGAAACCCAAACCAGUGAAGGCCAGAACCACCAGUGUCACCCAAAGAGACAGACCCACCCACAAUGGCCCUUGUACUACUUCAGAUAGCAGCUCCCGGGUACAUCGAAGGCUCAGGGAGUCGGAAGGUAGGAGAAAAGGCGAAACUGCACAGCCCGGUGAAUUUGCCAAACAGGCAACAUGUCCAAGACCCCUCAGUCUGGAGAUCAAACCGCAGCGAGUUCGAGCAACGCAGCAGCCGGUGCCGAAGGUGAUACAGCCGCCAUGGCGCAGUGGUGGUCCUUCCCCGCCCGUGCGAAGCCUGACAAGCCCGAGUUUGGGGCCGGGAAACUGGCUUCGCCGGAGCGAGAGCACUUGCACGGUGAACUCAACGACACCCUCGCUUGCCGGCAGGGUUCGAAUGAGGCCUGCCACCUCCUUGCCACAUAUCGCCAGGGGUCUCGGAUCACUUCCCUCACCGUCAACACCUCGCGGGCCGUGCCUGCUUGUCGCUCUUCGCCCGAUAAACAUGGAACAAGAGCGUGAGACCUUUUUUCGCUCCAACUAUGAAUACGAGCCCCAGUUUGAGUACGCCUCGCCAGAGCCCAGCACUGUUUUGGAGAAGUACAGAGAAGGGUCUGGUCUCUUCCUGUCCCAGGCAGUCAGAAUUAUGGAGUGUGUCUUGAGGAAGUAUGGUACCUACGAGAACUUCGAAGAGGUCACAGGAGGCAACUUGCUCCCGAAGAGUCAAGUGUGGGCUGCCACACGUAAAUACUUGCAGAAGGAGCGCUGUGUUGGUGAGGUGGUUGUAUCUCUAUCCGAUGAGCUUCUAUCUCAGGCAGUAAUGCAGGUGGAGAGAUGUCGGCCAACACUAACAAUCAACCUGUCAGGAGCACGUCAACAUUGGCUCGAGGGAAUGCUGAGACAUGAGAUUGGCACGCAUUACUUACGGGGUGUGAAUAACAGCUUGCAACCGUGGGCCACUUCUGUCGGCAGAAAGCAGUUUGGACUGAAACCAGCUAAUCCUACUGAAGAGGGGCUUGCCAGUCUUCACAGUGUGUUGCUACGGAAACAGCCCUUCCUGUGGCGAGCCGCUCUGCUAUACUAUACUGUAUACCAUGCCACUAACAUGAGCUUCAGCCAACUGUUCAUCCAUAUCGCUCGCUUUGUCCAAGAUCCUGCUGUACGCUGGGAGUACUGCCUCCGUGCCAAACGAGGACAAACAGAUACCUCUAAACCAGGCUGCUUUAGUAAAGAUCAGGUCUACCUUGAUGGAAUUCUCAAGAUAUUACGCCACAGGAGAAACAUUGAUUUCAAGAUAUUAACCGCUCUUGGAAAGGUGUCCUACGAAGAUGUGGACAGACUUCGGCAUUUGGCUGUUCUCAACAGAACAAGAAUUCCUCACUUCAUGCAGGAUGAAGAACGAUAUCUUCAACAUCUCGACAACAUUGUCACAGUCAAUGAACUGAAUGAUGCAGAGCUUCAAGAGCUCAUUCCAUGAAGAUCUGGACCUGCUACCAUUCACAAACCAUCAUACAGUACACAACCAGUCACAAAAUAUCAAUUUUUUUUUUUUUUUUAUUUGAUUUUCCAAGACCAAAAAUCAGUGUCUGAAAAAUUGGAAUAACAAAGAUCUAACAUAUAGCAUGGUUGUGUUCAAUGAUGUAUUUUGCUGCAUUAAGUGCCAUAAUAUCCAGCAAGUUUGUUUACAAAUGCAAAGAUUGUCAGUUUUGUUAAAUCAUAUACCUUUCAAGCAUAACAAAACAUGUUCAGAAUCGCAUAUUGGCAUACUAAUCAUGAUAUUUUUUUCUGUAUAGUAUGCAUGUAUGACAUACUAGACUGACUGCAUUUGCCAAAAUGUGCAGUAUGCAACCAAAGCACUGCGUGGAAUACGGCAGGCUUUAUAUUCAUGAGUGUGCAAAGCACAGCGCGAUGACCGUACGCAACUUCUUAUACCAAUUCGAAGUGCAAUUUCCGUGCCAGCGCAAAGCGCAAGUGGGCGUGGAUGGGAGUGUUUUCGCCACUGUGGGUGUAUCGUAUGUAAAUGGUGCAAUUAGCUAUUUUCCUGAGAAAUGGGUCAUUGCGCCAAGACGUUUCAAUACCACCUUUUAAAUCAGCGCAAAGUCCAAAUUCAGUUCCUGCAUUUGCUGUUUGGAGAUUUCACUAGCAGGUGGUAAUACAGCUCAUGUCCAAAUUCUGAAAGUACAGAACAUCGAAUGAUGUCUCUGACCAUCGCUGUUGAAACAAAAAAAUUAUGAGAUUUGUGUCAAACUUUCUAGAGGUCAUGGUUUAUAAUUUCAAUUAUUAUUAUUAAUCAUGUAUAUUUACAAUUGCAUUUAAGAUUUCAUUUUGACAAGUCAUUUUCUACCAGUGAUUUUUCCACUUUAUUAUUUGUAUUAUAUUUUCGUUUCGUUUGGAGUGUAAUUUGAAUUUAGAAAUGCGUUUCAAUAAAUUAAAUUACAUUUUUUUAAAUCAAACUCGACCGGUGGAAGUGAAGUGCGUGCCGAUACAAUCACUGUUAAUACUAGCCAUGAUUUGUGUGUCAGUAGAUGAAAGUGAUUCAUAAUAAUAACUUAAAUUAAUGCAUAAAUGCAUGCAUCCAAAUUCUGACGAGAAUCGCAUUUUCCAUGCGUAAAAAAGGAGCAUGUCGCUGUCAUAGAAACAUGCCUGACAUUCUUCAAGAACAGUUAAUGGACAGAACUUGUAAUUCAUUGCAUACAGUCCAUUUCUUUAAAUCGUUGGUGCUCGAGGGAACGGACUAUAUAAUAGGACUCAGACGUUGGAAUAACCGGAGAAGAACCUCAGAAUUAAAUUGCAUUUGACCCAUCCCAUGCGCGUUACGCGGGCGAUCUCGCCAAACCCACUUGCACCUAGACUUGGCGCCCGCUUGCACGAAUAUACCAAGGCAUUGCCCUGCGCGUAACGCUUGCGCUCAUAAAACAGGGCCCUGUAUCUCACACACGGCAAUGCUCGAAUUGUUUCCCUGUAAUCUCUCUUGACUGUCACAACUAAUGAAUUAAUGAAAAGUUAUGAGGUCAUGUGACUAUUUAGCUAAUGCUCGAAACAUUUGUAGUUGUGUAUUGUUUCACAUACUUAGAAAAAAGUAUGCAGUAUGCUAGUAUGCUAGUAUUCCAUUCUGAACACGGUCAUACUCAUAAGAAGCUGAACGAUUGGGCUGGGUAAAAAAUACUGAUUUUCCAAUGAAUCUCGAUCGAUAUUUGAUUCUUUAAAUCCUAAGAUAGAUCUUUUACUUUAAAAAGUAUACUUCGGUUUUAAAUGUGUUGAUUAUUAUAUCCGUUAAAUAAAUAGCAAUUACUAUAAUUAUUAAUAUAUAGUUUAGGUCCUGUUGUUUAUUUUCUAAAUGGAUAUUUUCAUAAUGUCGCCUGUGUAAUUUAUAGCACAUAGAAAUCAAAUUAAAUCCGGAAAUCUGUAUUGAUACCCAGCCCUUUUUUUCUUGCACUCAAAAUGUAACGGGCACAUACUAUCAUGCGUGUAAGUGAUCUCACACACAAGGUAUCAAAGGCAUCAAUUAUUUAAAUCUCCCACACAGUAUUUCUUCUUCUACACUUGAACAUAGACAAGCACUUCCUGUAUCUCCUGUGACGCUCUUGUACUUUUUGAAUUUUAAACCUCUUUUAAAGUCUCAAGUCUAUUAUUUAUGUAUUUAUUAUUUGUUUACCUCUUGUAUUCACCUUAAGAACUGUGUCUGUGGUAUUAGCUUUAUACUCCAGUAGCAAAGUGCUUUUUUUUUUUUUUUUCCAAUCUAGUCUAGGCAAGCGAUGCAAAGAGACACCAAGGAUGACUCGGUUCAACACAACACUCCACAGGAAGAGUUCAAAACAAGAAAAAUGGCAUUUUGAUGAAAUGACAAAAUGUGAUCAUCCUUUGGCACCAUUUGAUUUCCAUCAGGGCUUAAAAUAGUUCACCCAGAAAUGACAAUUCUGUCAUCAUUUACUCACACUCAUGUUGCUCCAAACCUGUAUGAAUUUCUUUGGUGGAGCACAAAAUGAUGUCACCAUUCCCUUUCAUUGCAUGUAAAAUAUAUAUAUAUAUAUAUAUAUA